GGGGCGGUUUCGUUUUUCUAACGUGGUAAGGGGACGGUUUUUCUGAUAAAAGGUAUAUUAUUGAUGGGUUUUAAGAUACUGCCGAGCGUAUAGUGUAGAUUACCAGAUAUAAUGGCCUCAAAACUACUUUUAGUUUUGCUACUUCUAUUCUCGACACGUUUCAAAGUGCUGUUCGGUCUGCCCGAUCUAAUUCCUAUUGGUGGCCUAUUUCAUCCCACCGACGACAAACAGGAAAUCGCAUUUCGUUAUGCCAUCGAGAAAAUUAACAGCGACAGGACCAUAUUGCCACGAUCAAAAUUACAGGCUCAGAUAGAGAAGAUCCCGCCUCAGGAUAGCUUUCAUGCUUCGAAAAAAGUGUGUCACCUUCUAAGGCAAGGCGUAGCAGCUAUUUUUGGUCCACAAUCGCCACACACUGCCAGUCACGUGCAGUCUAUUUGCGACACGAUGGAAAUACCCCAUUUGGAGACCCGCUGGGACUACAGACUCCGUAGAGAAAGCUGUCUAGUCAAUUUGUAUCCGCAUCCGACUACACUCUCCAGGGCCUACGUUGAUCUGGUUAAAGCUUGGGGAUGGAAAUCUUUUACGAUAAUUUAUGAAAACAACGAAGGGCUCGUCCGACUUCAAGAAUUGCUUAAAGCUCAUGGCCCUUAUGAAUUUCCUAUAACUGUGCGACAGCUUGGGGAAGGCAAUGACUACAGGCCCCUGUUAAAACAAAUAAAAAACUCCGCAGAAUCCCACAUUGUACUUGAUUGCUCUACACCAAGAAUAUACGAAGUCCUGAAACAAGCUCAACAAAUUGGAAUGAUGAGCGAUUAUCACAGUUACCUUAUAACUUCAUUGGAUUUGCAUGGCGUCGACUUGGAAGAAUUCAAAUACGGAGGGACAAAUAUUACCGCCUUCCGUUUAGUGGACCCCGAGGGACCUGAAAUUCGACGGGCCGUGCGAGACUGGAAUUUUCCAUCGGACGUCAAAAACAAAAAAGAUAUUAUGCCUUCUGUUUAUCGGGAUAAUGUAACUUUUGUUAAGGCGGAAACGGCCCUUAUGUACGACGCUGUCCAUUUGUUCGCCAAAGCACUACAUGACUUGGACUCCAGCCAACAAAUUGAUAUCAAACCCCUAAGUUGCGACGCGGUCGACUUUUGGCCUCACGGUUAUAGCCUCAUUAACUACAUGAAAGUGGUUGAAAUGCGCGGUCUAACAGGGGUCAUUAAAUUUGACCACCAAGGCUUCCGAAGUGACUUCAUGUUGGACAUUGUCGAGCUAACUAGGGAAGGACUUAAGAAAAUUGGAACCUGGAAUUCUAGCGAAGGAGUGAACUUUACCAGAACUUACGGUGAAGCCUAUACCCAAAUCGUAGAGAUUAUUCAAAAUAAGACAUUUGUGGUAACGGUUAUAUUGAGUUCCCCCUACGUAAUGCGAAAGGAAGCCAGCGAAAAGUUGACGGGUAACGCUCAAUUUGAGGGAUACGCCGUCGAUUUGAUUCACGAAAUAUCUCGCACCCUGGGAUUUAACUACACCAUCAAAUUGGCUCCAGACGGGCGGUAUGGGUCGUUCAAUAAGGAGACGAAUGAAUGGGAUGGAAUGAUACGUGAGCUUCUGGACCAAAAAGCCGACCUAGCAAUUGCGGACCUGACUAUAACCUACGACAGGGAACAAGCAGUCGACUUCACUAUGCCCUUUAUGAAUCUGGGCAUUAGCAUUCUCUACCGUAAACCCAUUAAGCAACCCCCCAAUCUUUUUUCUUUUCUUUCGCCUCUAUCCCUCGACGUGUGGAUUUACAUGGCAACGGCCUACUUAGGAGUCUCGGUGCUGCUUUUCAUCUUGGCAAGGUUUAGUCCGUAUGAAUGGGAUAACCCGCAUCCAUGCAACAGCGAACCCGAUGUCUUGGAAAACCAGUUCACCCUGCUAAAUUCCCUAUGGUUCACCAUUGGUUCUCUUAUGCAGCAAGGUUCAGAUAUCGCACCCAAGGCAGUAUCUACAAGAAUGGUUGCAGGCAUGUGGUGGUUUUUCACUCUCAUUAUGAUAUCAUCUUACACGGCUAACUUGGCAGCUUUCCUAACCGUUGAGAGAAUGGAUUCUCCAAUAGAAAGUGCUGAGGAUUUAGCAAAGCAGACUAAAAUCAAAUAUGGUGCAUUAAAAGGAGGAUCUACUGCCGCAUUUUUCAGGGACUCCAACUUUUCGACCUACCAACGAAUGUGGGCCUUUAUGGAAUCGCAAAGACCCUCCGUUUUCACAUCAAGCAAUCUCGAAGGCGUCGAACAAGUGGUAAAAGGCAAAGGAAGCUAUGCGUUUUUAAUGGAAUCCACUACCAUCGAGUAUAUAAUCGAGAGAAAUUGUGAACUCACCCAAGUGGGCGGAAUGCUCGACUCAAAAGGAUAUGGCAUAGCUAUGCCCCCAAACUCACCAUUUAGGACAGCAAUAAGCGGAGCCAUAUUGAAACUUCAAGAAGAAGGUAAACUGCAUAUACUGAAGACAAGAUGGUGGAAAGAGAAAAGAGGCGGAGGCGCAUGUCGAGACGAAGCUACAAAGACCAGCAGUACCGCCAACGAAUUAGGUCUCGCCAAUGUUGGAGGUGUCUUUGUAGUACUGAUGGGCGGUAUGGGAGUAGCGUGUGUUAUUGCAGUUUGCGAAUUUGUCUGGAAAUCCCGAAAAGUUGCCGUGGAAGAACGGGUGAGCAGCAUUCUACAUGACACGUAGCUAUAAGAAUGUCUUUGUGCUCCGAGAUGGUUCAUGAGUUCCGUCAAGCAUUUUGUUAUCACGAAACUAAAAAACCUACGAAACAGUCUCCGCAAAAUAGUAGGUUCGAUCCCGAAAGUUCUUUUACGAGCUUUGGUUUCGUUGCCAUUUCAAAAGAAUCAAUAACUUAAAUGUAAAAUAAAUAAGUAUUCUAGAAAUGUAUGUAUCAUCACUCAUCAAAUCUGGGAACACUAUAUAAAACAAUUAAAUAUCAAAUUAUUCAAUAAUAAAUCACCCAACAAACCUUUUGGUUUCGUGUAGUAAAAUUUUUGUUAUAUUUUAUACAAAGUUUAUCUUGUUAGUAGCCAUUAAAUAUUGAAUUUUCAAGAAUUGAUUUUUUAUGUCCAUUUAUAAAAGAUGUUUUAUUUUUUUGACGUUUAACCAAUCAAUAGUAAUUUUGUCCUUAGGCAAUGUAAAUAUAAUUCUAAGAUAAAUAAGUAAGUCAAUAACGAGAGUUCAACUUACCCUUUUAUGUUAAUUCUUAGGUUCUAGUGUUAAAGCGCUCCAUCUUAACUUCAAAUAAAAGACUUAAUUGUGAUUAUGUGUAAGAAAUAUGAUAUUACCGUACUUAAUAUAUCAAUUUCAUAA